GGAAAUUGGUUUAUACACAUGUUUAAAUAUAGGAAAAAGAAAAAAAAUAACGCAAUCAAUAAAUUAAUAAAUAGAGAUGUCUGAAAAGUAGCCAAAAACUAAUAAAUCAGUGUGUAGACAAUCGCACUGAACAACACGUCCCACGUUCUUUUUCUUCCCUGUUUUAGAUAGACUCUUAGAGUCUCUCUAGAGUCACCGGAACAAUCACAAAAGCGACGACAUAUUACUCAUUCCUACAAAUACUCAUGUUGGACCUCAACCUCGGAAUCUUGUCGACACACAACGAAGAUGAAGAUUGCAAAGUACCAACUUCCAUCUUCAUUCAAGAAGAAGAUUCCAUUAAUCCCUCAAACGACAACUUGUCUUUGAUUACAUUUGGAAUCCUUAAACGAAACGUCGAAAUCCUUCCUCCUCCCCCUCCUCCUCCUCCUCCUCCUCCUCCUUCGGAAAAUGAACUCUCCGGCCCCGGAAAUGAGUGGUUGGAUCUUUCGUCGAUGCAAAGAAAUAAACAAGAAACGUUGGUGAUGAAGAAAAAAAGUCGACGUGGCCCAAGAUCAAGAAGCUCUCAUUAUCGUGGCGUUACCUUUUACCGUCGAACCGGCCGUUGGGAAUCUCAUAUUUGGGACUGUGGAAAACAAGUUUAUUUGGGUGGUUUCGACACAGCCUACACAGCCGCAAGAGCGUACGACCGAGCUGCUAUCAGAUUCCGGGGACUCCAAGCAGAUAUCAACUUUAUCGUGGAUGAUUACAAACAAGACAUUGAAAAGAUGAAGAAUUUAAGCAAAGAAGAGUUUGUGCAAUCUCUUAGACGAGCGAGUGCAAGCUUAGCAAGAGGAGGUUCUAAAUACAAAAACACCCAUAUGAGAAAUGAUCACAUCCAUCUCUUCCAAAACAGGGGAUUGAAUGCAGCAGCAGCAAAAUGCAAUGAGAUAAGAAAGAUGGAAGGGGAUAUUAAGUUGGGUGCCCAUAGUAAAGGAAAUGAGCACAACGAUCUCGAGCUAAGUCUUGGGAUAUCUUCAUCGUCAAAAGUUAGAAUUUUGGAACCAGCAGAUUAUUACAUGGGUUUGAAUCGAUCGGUGACGAGUUUGCAUGGGAAGCCGUUGCCGGGAUAUCUACCGAUCACAGAAAUUAAACCGUUAAAGACAGUUGUAGCAUCAUCAGGAUUCCCUUUCAUUACCAUGAUCAAUCCUUCUUCUUUGUCCUUAUCUUGUUUUGAUCCAUGAGGUGAUCACUAUUUACUUUUAAAAUUUUCCCCUUUUUAUUGAUAAUCUAUUGAAUGACGGAAUGAUUAUGUGACUUAUAUCUUUUUAUAAACCAUAUUCUUGUGGAAUCAGGAAUUUUGUGCCAAUAAAAAAAGACAAAGAACCAUCAUGUACUAUGUUGUCAACGAUGAUAAUUCCCAAGUGUGUGAAAGUUAUAGUGUAAGUACUAGUGAGUACUCGUGAGGUUAGUAACAUAAGACACGUGCAUAAUUGCAAACAAACAACUUUGCCGAAAAUUUGUACAAUGGUUAAGAAAAGAAAAGAGAGUAUUGAAUGAUCA